AUGGGCACUUACAUGAGGCUUCCUGAAGAGUCGUCAUCGUCGGCGCAGUACGCGUACGUACGAGCGUCUUCUCGUGCCACAAAGGUGCCAUCGUAUUCUGGUACGCCGGUAUUGUUCGUCGCCGCAUCCGUAUCUGAUUCAACGUCGAUCGCAUUGUUCCCCACGUACUACCAACGAUCUACGGCUAUAAAUAGCCUCACACAUGUUACGAGCAGUACUCGAACGUCCAUCAUUUUGCCCGCCUCUCCCGUUCCAAUCAGGAAGAUGAUGACUACUGUACGAACGAUCACCUUGUUAGUAGCCGUAACCUACAUUGUGGUCGCUGAUGGACCAUUCUUUCCAACUCCAGCUCUCGGAUACGCACGGGUUCCGCUACCACAUGGGCCACAAUAUGGCACGGCUCCAUUCAUUCCAGCCAAGAAGAAUCCUUUUCUUGGCGCACAAUUCAUGAAACCCAUCAGUGUUCCUAUGGCACAAGCUAGUAUAAAGUGUCAAAAAUGCAACUGCUGCGCUCUACUAGCAGGAGUUAGUGCUAUUGGUGGUGGAUAUCCACAAUUUGGCCCAAUCAUUCCAUCUGGUAAAAUGGGCCCCACUGGGCCAAUAUUCCCCAGACCUAUCAACAAACAACGCGCGCAACCUCCCGUAUACGUUCCUGGUUAUCCGGCACCACCAGUGAGCCCGCCCGUCGUACCUCCUGGACCCAUUUCUCCUCCGAUACCGUCGCCUCCGCCAAUUAUUCAACCGCCUUUACCUCCUGCACCUGUGCUUCCGCCAGUACCUGCACCGCCGCCAGUGGUUCCACCUGUAGGACCUCCAGCUCCAAUCAUUCCGUCAAUGCCUUCAACGCCGUUGGGUCCACCUAUUGGACCACCUGCACCCAUCAUUCCUCCGUCACCAGUCCUACCAGUAGGACCUCCAGGAGUGACACCCCCACUGCCUCCAGUUCCUGUCAUUCCACCUGCAACUCCCAUUCCAAUGCAAUACCCAGUGAAACCUCCCACAAUCAUCCCA